CUACAGUAGUUGGUGGGCCAUCAGUGCAGCUGCCGUUUGGUUUGAGCACUUUUUUGUACGCCUCGCUCGUCCUUUUGCUUUGGUUCGCUAGCUGUCGCAACCCUAGUCGUCGCUUUUAGGUAACCUGUCGCAGUAUUGCCUCGUGGAACGACGCUAUAGUUGGCGGCUUGUCACGUGGCGGAUGGGCAUGCUAACGACGUAGGCUCAUCACUUCCUAACUUAUUAUGUGAACCCAUCAGCACGGCCCGUACGGAACUAGAACCGCCAUGGACGCUGACGUCAGCAUAGAUGGCAUGAGCGAGGACGAGAGCAGAGGAGGCUAUAGCGACUCCUACGCCAGCGAUCGCGGCGACGAUCCCGGCUGGAAACCCGGCACUGGCUGGCGCAAAGCUAGUGCGUGGAAGAAAUUAGUUUCGGGAGCGCGGCGUUUAGUGACGGGCAGAAGACGGAGGCGCGACGAUGCGGGUGGUGAGGAUGACAAUAGCGAGUAUUACUCGGAUGGGGCGUAUUCGGAUCAGGGGAUGUCCAUAGCGGAAGGGAGCGUGGCGGCGUCGGCGGUCUCGUACAGUCGCGCCUCCACCAGCGCAUGGUGGGCGCACACGGAUAACUACAGCAACCCCUACCGCCGCCGCUCCGCCCACGCGGAGCAGUACCUGCAGCAGGGGGGAGGGGGAGGGCACGCGCAAGGCCAGCUGCAGGGGUCGCAGGGGGAGGGAGCGGAGGGGAGCAUGGCGGAGGGAGAGGGGGAAGGCGAAGAGGGCGCGGGGGAGAUGCCUGGGCCGUGGUUCUGGCCGUCGUGGUGCCCGUGGCCGUUCCCGCGCGUGCGCAACCCCAUCCUCGUGUACCGCCUGGCGGCCAUGCUGCUAGUGGCUGUAAUCAUCUUCCUGCUCACCUUCUUCACAUGGCUCCUCACCAGCUCCUACUAUAACAACUCCGUGCAGACCCUGACAAUGAAUUACCGAAAGCAGCUGCUGACGCGCACGCAGGAGCGCGUGGGCAGCAUAGUGGAGAGCACGCGCAACGUGUCGCUCACGUACGCUGCUGCACUUCAGGCCACCCUGGCGGCGCAGGAGGCGGCGCACGGGGCGCUGCACGAGGGGCACGUGGACGUGGGCUGGCCCAUCAUCAACUCCACUGUGCGGGAGAUGACGUGGGCGGUGUAUGCAUCGAACGCGGACCGCGUGUCGUCGGUGUUCUUUGGGUCGGUGAACGGGAUGUUCAUGAGCUACGCGUCCACGCUGCAGCAGCGCUUCUGCGUCUACAGCAGCCGGCCGCACGCCCACGUCUCGCUCACCAAGUCGCAGAACUUCACGUCACAGCCUGUGAUUGGCCCCACAGCCCUGUCCCUGAGCAAUGUCUCGUACAGUCUCAACGGCACUGCUGUCACUGACGUCUGGCCCACCUCACCCCCUCCGGCUCGACAGGUGGAGUGGGCAGUAGCCAGAGUAACCGACGACACCCCCCCCAUGAUAUUCGCCUUUGCCACAGUCGCCCCCAGCAGUCUUCUCCUCUCCCCCAUCUCGUCCACCGCCCCCCCCCUGGGCUCGGCCCCUCAGCUAGGGGGGGUGCUGCGGCAGCCGCAGCAGCCCCCGGGGGGGGAGCAGGCAGAGGCGCUACCUGGGGGGGGAUCGUUGGGGUAUGCGGGGAUAGCGGGGGUGGCUCAGCCGCUGGAGGGCGUGCACCGGUUUAUAGAGCAGCUGGACGUGCUCAAUGGGCUGCUCUAUGUUGUAUGGCUGAACGAGAGUGAGGCGCGGGUGAUAGCAUCCUCGGCCACCAACGGCACUCUCUACACCAACCCCGCGCGCUCCAACAACUCACUCCUCGCCAUGGCUGCCGCCUUCCUGGAAGGUUCCUUCUCCCGGCAGGACCUGCUGCGUGCGUGCACCUUCUCUGACAAGGUCAACGGCAACCCCGAGGCCCCCGACAGCCAGUACUACGUCGACAGCUGUCCGCUCUCGUCGCCCCUGUUUGAAGACCUGCAGCUGGUGGUGGUGGCAGUGAUCCCGCGCAGCAGCAUCAUGGGGGCGAUUGAGAGGGGGAGCAUGGUGACGGUGUGGUCGUGCUUCGCCAUCUCCCUGGGCCUGCUCGUUGCGGGCUGCCUGCUCAUCCUCAAGAUGACCUCACGCAUCAACGUCGAGUGGGAACUCAAACAGGAGCUCAUCCGGCAACUGACAGCCAAGGACCGAGCAGAGAAGUCCAGCAACUUCAAGAGCCAAUUCCUUGCCAACAUGAGCCACGAGCUGCGCACGCCGAUAGCGGGCAUCAUCGGGCUCUUAGACCUGCUGUCGUGCGAGGCGCUGUCGGAGGAGCAGGAGGUGAUGGUGGCGCAGAUCCGCCGCUGCGCCGGGGGGCUGCUCGCGCUCGUCAACAACGUGCUGGACAUCAGCCACGUGGAGUCGGGCGUGCUGGAGCUGGCAGUGGCGCCAUUCCAUAUAGUGGAGGAGCUGGAGGCGCUCGUGGACCUCUUCUCCGUGCACUGCAUCCCGCAUGACAUCGACAUCGCCCUCGACGUCUCUGAUGACUUCCCCCUGGUGGUGAUCGGCGACGCAGGGCGGUUCCGGCAGAUCCUGACGAACCUGCUGGCCAACUCGGUGAAGUUCACAGCCAAGGGGCACAUCGUGGUCCGCGCGUGGGUGGAGAGCAAGGAGAUCCUGACGAACCUGCUGGCCAACUCGGUGAAGUUCACAGCCAAGGGGCACAUCGUGGUCCGCGCGUGGGUGGAGAGCAAGGAGCCCUUAGCCGCAGAUCCCCUCUCCUUUUUCGGGCUGGGCGCGGCGCUCCCCUUCACCACCACGCACUCCUCCUCCACCUCCGCCUCCCUCCCAUCCAACCGCCACUCCGCCUCCUCCUCAGCCACAGCCGCUGCUCAUGCCGCCCCGCGCACGCACCACUCGAGCACCUUCCUGCGCCCAACCACUGCCACCACUCCCACCAUGCUCACCGGCCCGUUGCACGUCCCCAUGUCCGCCCUAGCCGGGCCUCUCACUAGCAGAAGGACUGACUCAAGGGUUGGGUACAGCUGGUCCAGCCUCCAGGUGGAGGAGGAGGAGGUGGUGCUAGUGUUCGAAGUAGACGACACGGGGUGCGGCAUCCCUGUGGACAAGCGAGAGCAGGUGUUUGGCAGCUUUGUGCAGGUGGAUUCCUCGUCCACGCGCACGCACGGGGGGUCGGGCCUGGGGCUGUACAUUGUCCGCGGACUAGUGGAGCUCAUGGGAGGGGGGAUCUCCGUGGGGGAUAAGGACGACGAGGGUACACUCAUGAGGUUCCAUAUCCGGCUCAAGACCCCGCCUCCCCCCCCGCCUGCCCCGCCGCUGCUGCAGCUGCCGCUGCCCUCGUUGGGGGGCCCUGCCAGGUACGGCUCUGGCAUCCCUCUCAUUCAAGCCACAGACGCAGGCAGCAUCACUUCAGGCGCCGAGAGUGGCAUUGCUGCGGUUGCCUCCGCUCCUGCUGCCACCACAGCGGCCAGUGCUGGCAUUACCAGUUCCUCUGCUGCUGCUGCUGCCGCGGGAGCAGCAGCUGGAGGGGAGGGCAGCACAGGAGCAAGAGAGGGGGGAGGAAGGGGGGGAGCGGGAGGGGAAGAUGGCGGGGCAGAGAGUCCAACGGACUGGGGUGGUGCUGGCAGUGUGGGUCCGGUGGGAAGCAGUGGCCCCGGCCGUUCUGCAUCCACCAUAGGCGGCAGCUCUGCUGUUUCCGGACUUAGCGGCCUGCGUGCUUUCCUUGGCAUGUCUGGCACUCUGGCGCCCAACCACAGCGACCAUGCUGCUGUUUGGAGUGGCCUGAGCCGAGCAGGAUCCGGGGUAGCGGGAGGGGUGGGUGGUGGUGUGGGAGGAGGGGGAGGAGGAGGCGGAGGAGGGGGCGGGGGAGGAGGAUUAGCGGGGCAGCAGCCGCAGCUGAGUAAGCCUCUUCAAAGAGUGACCCACAGCUCGUUAUUAGACGGCACCCAGGACUUCACCGGGGCAGGCGGCGGCGGGGCAGGAGGCGGCGGGGUGAGGAUCAAGUGGCAUGUGCUUCUCGCCAUGUCGGAGUGCCCGGGGAAAGCCGUGGCGUCGCGUUGGUUUGAGGUGCAGGGGCUGGGAGUGAAGCAGGUGCGGUCGUGGGACAGCAUUGCCCCCAGUCUCAACUACGUGCUGCAUGCCUCUGCACUGCCCUCUGUGGUCUCCUGCACCCGCGGGGGGCACGGGGGACAUGGGGGCCAGGGCGGGGCGGUUGGGCGCACAGGCAUGGGUGCUUCUGCUAGUGCUAGUGCUAAUGUUAGUGCUGUUCCCUCUGUGUCGGCGACCCCUCGAGCCCUCACUCCCGCUGCUGCUGCUGCUGCUCCUGCUGCUGCUGCUGCUGCUGCUGCUGCUCCUGCUGCUGCUGCUGCUGCUGCUACUGGCGCUGCUAACCCUGGUGGCGGUAGCGCCAGCGGCCUGUCCUUCUCUCCUGCUGCCGCAUCUGCCUUGCGCUCGUCCUCACCCCAAAUGGCUGGGCCUGGGGUCAGUGGCAGCAGCACUGCCUCCGCUCCUUCUGCCAGCUCAACCGUUCCCACAGGCACCGUCGAAAGAGCAGCAGGGGGAGUAGGGGGGGGAGGGGGAUUCGGAGGUUUAGGUGCAGUGGUAGGGGCAGGAGGAGUGAGUCGGGGAGGGGUAACAGGUGCAUCAUCUGUGGCAGCGCGGCUAGCCGGCGCACAGGUGCUGCUGCAAGCUUCCCAAGGGGGCCUGUCUCUCUCACACAGCAACCCUGAGCUCGUCACCUCGCCUGCUGCUGUUGCUGCUGCUGCUGCUGCGACCGCCGCUGCUUCUGCGGCCUCUGCUGCUGCUGCCGCUGCAGCUGCUGCAGUUGAGUCGGAAGCAGCAGGUGAGGCAAACGGCACCUGUAGCAGCAGCAGCAGCAGCACGGCAGCCACGGGCGGUGGUGGGAGGACAAGAUUAGGAACGAUCGAGAGCUUCUGGCCUUCGGCUGUGCCGCGCUCCCGAUCCAUCCAUGUAGGUUCGGACAGCCUCUCAUCCCUCUUUGGUACCUCUGGUUACUCCCUCUCUCCUGCUUCCACCUCUGCUGCUGCUGCCGAUGGUGGUGGUGGUGGCAGUGGUGGCUCGAGAAUCACUGGGGUCCGUGCCCUUCGCUCGCUCUCCCCUCUCUCCGUUACUCUUCCAGACCCCACUGACGCCUUGCCCCUCGACGACCUUUCGGGGGGUGGGGGGAGUGCAAGGGAGGGCGCAGCAGGGCCGGUAUUGGCGCGCUUUGCGGGCCUGGCUGGUGUGACUGGCAGCGGCGGCAGCGCCACUGCUGCUGCCGGCAGCGGCAGUAGUGGUGGUGGUGGUGGUGAUGGGUAUGGGAACACGAACGGUGGAUUGUCUUUGAAGUACCGCACUCGCAGCGGCAACCUUGAAAUGGUUUCACGAUCCGCUGCUGCUGGGGGUGGUACUGGUGGUGUUGUUGGGGAAGUUGGAGGGGGGCCAGGAGGACGCUUAGCAUCAGCAGGAGGGGUGGAGGAGGAGGAGGAGGAGGAGGAGGAGGAGGAGGAGGAGGAGGAGGAGGAGGAGGAGGAGGGAGGAGGAGGAGGAGGAGGAGGAGGAGGAGGAGGAGGAGGAGGAGGAGGAGGAGGAGGAGGAGGAGGAGGAGGAGGAGGAGGAGGAGGAGGAGGAGGAGGAGGAGGAGGAGGAGGAGGAGGAGGAGGAGGAGGAGGAGGAGGAGGAGGAGGAGGAGGAGGAGGAGGAGGAGGAGGAGGAGGAGGAGGAGGAGGAGGAGGAGGAGGAGGAGGAGGAGGAGGAGGAGGAGCGGGAGGUACCAGAGGUGUCUUCACUUCGUUCCUGUCAUCCAAAGCGUCGGCACCGGAGCCCUAUAUGAAGAAGAGCAGCAGCAGCGGCAGCACGGGAGGUGGCAUACAGUCAGCUCGGAUGGCCGCUGCAGCUGCUGCAGCAGCCGCAUCCGGGACCGCAGGAGGAGGAGGAGCAGGCACAGGGCAAGCAGCAGCAGCAGCAGCAGCAUCUGCAGCGGCAGAGGCAGCGGCAAUGGUGGAGGUGUCGUGUAUAGCAGUGGUGGUUGAUUUGAUGCUGUUGCCGGGUGGGAAGCACCUAUGCACAGCGCCAGCAGAUACCAGCGGCCUGGACCCCCUAGCCGUUGGCGCGUCCUCUGCUGGCAUGCCCGCUCUCCUCCCCUCGUUCCCAGGUAAUCUGGACGGAUUCGAGGAGGCUUAUAUGGAGGACGAGUGGGGCAGGCCAGGGGGGGGCGGCGUGGGUGAUGGUGCUGGUGGUGGGGCAGGCGGACGGGGAGCAGGAGCGGAGGGGGGAGCGGGGCAGGCGCAGUACCCACGGCAAGUGCCAGCAGAGGUAGCCCAGCUGUGUGAGGAGAUGAAGACGCUGCGGGGGAAGCGGUGCAAGGCGAAUCAGCACCUGCUGGUGGUGUGGCUGCUGCCUCCAGGCGUCCACCCUGUGGUCCGCCGGUUCCUGCAGCAGCAGCCGUGCACGCUGCUCACAUCCCGCCCCCUCCACUCCUCCCGGCUUCGCAACUUGCACUCGGCUUUGCUCCGCCUGGUGUCUCCUCUUACGGACCAGCCUGGUGCGGGCAUCGGCGCUAGUGUUAACAACACAAUGGGAACCACCGCCACCGCCACCACCAGCGCCACCAACAACAACACCACCACUGGCAGCGGUAUCAACUACAGCUAUAGCUACAGCAACGCCACCAGCCACAGCGCAAGCAACGGCACCACCACCACGCACCCCCCUCCCUUCUCCCUCACCUCGUCUCUUUCCGACAUCACCUCCUUCUCUAGAGCCAUCCCAAACUCUCUGAUGGGGCUUGAUUACAACCCAGACCCAUCGUCCCUCACCAACACCACAGGUGGGGCUAUAAUCAACCGGGGCUUACCCGGGGUGCCUGGUCCGGGCACAGGGGGCACAGGGGCAUUUGGUGCAGCAGCAGCAGCAGCAGCAGCAGGGGGGCCGACACUAGGGAGGGAAGGGUCGGGUCCUGCCGCUUUUCGCUCCCUCAUUACGUCUCCUGUGCAGUCCUCUGCUGGGGUAUCUGGUACUGGUGCUGCUGGUGCUGCUGGUGGUUUCACAGGCGGAGGCUUUGGGGUUGCUGCAGGGGGUGGCGGAGUGGGGGGUGCAGGCGCUGUAGGAGCGGCAGGCGGGGCAGGAGGAGGGAGGAAGAGUGGGAGGAGAUCCACUGCAGGGGGGAUGGGGGCCGUGCGAGGGGGAGCCGGAGCAGGAGCGGGAGCAGGGCAGCACAGGCGGCGCAGCAGCUUUGAUGUGGUGCUGACUCAGGGGCUGCUCGCGUCCCCUCCGGACAGCCACGUCGCUGACGCCACUGCUUCUGUUGUGUCUGCUGCUUCUGGUUCUUCCGCUGCUGCUGCUGCUGCUGCCGCCGCUGCUGCCGGUAGUGCUGGUGGGCGGGGUAUUCUCUUUGACGGGGCCACAGGGGUGAGCUCGGUAGUCAGUCUUCCGUCAGCUACUCCGGGGGGCACCUGGGGGCAUAACUCCAUCACAAGAAGCUCUCCCUCUCCUGCCUCUGCUAGGGCCUCCUUUGCUGGCACUGCUACUGGCGUUCCUGCGGGUGUGGGUGGUGCGGGUAUGGGUGGUGCAGGUAUGGCUACAGUAGGCACUGGCAGAUGGAGCCAUGCCACGAAUGCAGGCUUGGGGAUGGGAGCAGGCCUGGGAACAGGAGCGGGGACGGGUAUGGGCAUGGGUACGGCUAUGGGCAUGGGUAUGGGUAUGGGCAUAGGUACAGGUAUGGGCAUGGGUUUGGGCUUGGGCGUGGGUAUGGGCAUGGGCAUGGGCAUGGGUGUAGGUAUGGGUGGCCAGAUGCAUUUGCCUCCAUUGCAGCGCUCUCGUUCCGAAAUGCCGCGGUUGGGGCAGCUAGAGUACUCCACAGACCGCCCCCAGUCCAGCUCCACCCUGCGCGCCUACGGCCUCGCUGCCCCGGACUCGCUUUCGCUCUCUCACAUCAACAACGGCAGCAGCCGCCUUGUCACGCACAGCAGCGGCGCUGGCGGCCCUGGCAGUGCCAGCAGCAGCGGCUACCAGCGGCAAUUGCUGCUUCAACAACACCAGCAGCAGCAGCAGACGUUCGGUUUGGGGUGGGGGGCAGGUACGGGAGCAGCAGGAGGAGCGGGGACCCUUGGCACAGCCAGCAUGGGGGGAAUGGGUCGCACACGACUCCUUCCUCUCCCCUCGCCCGCCCACCACUCGCCCUUGUACUCGUCUGGUAGGGGACGCGGGCCCCUUCGCCCCAUGCACUCCCUGCCUGCUGGGAUCUCCCUCUCUGCUCUCACGGAGUGUUCGCCUGUGGGGCUCUCUGCACCUGGCAGUGGAGGAGGGGGGGGGACAGCAGGUGGUGGUGGGGGCACUGGUGGGGAAGGGGGAGGCGGAGGAGGAGGAGGGAAGGGUGGGCAUGGGGCCGGUGGGACUGCGGGAGGAAGAGGGGCGAAUAACGAGAGAGGACAAGGGGAGGGGGGUAGAGGAGGAGCAGGAGGAGCAGGAGGAGCAGGGGGAGCAGGAGGAGCGGUUGACGGAACAUUCGUUGGUGGUUCUCCUCUCUCCACUGCUGCUGCUGCGGCUACUGCUGCCCCGGGUGUGGCUGCAGAUAGAGAAGCAGAUCCCUCUCCCCCUCACGUGCACCUCAGUUGCCCCUCCCUGUCCUUCUCCUCUCUCCACACCUCCUUGCCCUCCUUCUCCGAUGCGGCCUCUGCUGCCAGAGGUGCCACGCUCAACCCCAAACAGGGCCUCACGGCAGAGAACGCAGUGGGUGCGCCUUCUGCUUCUGCUGCUUCACCAGCGGCUGCUGCUGCUGUCUCCCCCACAGCAGGAAGAGCAGGAUUGUGGGAAUCCUCCUCUCCCGCAGCAGCAGCAGCAGUGAGUCCAGGGGGGCGGUCGUCUAUCACACUAGGUGCUGCUCCUGCUCUCCCUGCGCUCGUCCUCUCGCCCACUCCCUCCCUCACCUCCCCCACUUUUGCUGAACCCCUCUCCCCUCAACUCGGAUCAUCCUGGACCCAACCCACCGCCACAACCUCCCCUCCCUCCAAGCCGCCCGGGGCCCUUUCUCCUGCUGCUGCUGCUGCUGCUGGUUUCGGUGCUAAUGCGAAAGCUGGUGGCGAGGGUGGGGCCAGCGCUGGCAAUGCUGCAUCACGUGCCAGCUCGACCCAUGCGAGCAGCCCUGCUUCUGCAGAUGCAGCUGAUGCGCCGGCAUUAGCAUCCGCAUCAUCCACAUCAGCAGCAGGAGCAGCAGCAGCAGCAACAACAACAUCAGGUGGUAGAUCACUUGUUGCUCCGCUACCCAGCACCCUGCCAGCAGUGGGCACACCCCCCUCAGACGCCCCCCAAAAGUCCCCCAUUCCGCCAUCAAUACCGCGCAAGGGAAGCCACAGGGAACUGGCCUCCUUCUUCUCCCUUGGGGGCAACAGCAGCAGCAGCAGCAGCAGCUACAACAAUGGUGGAAGUGGCAGCAGCAGGAGCAGCAGCAGCAGGAGUAUGUCACGGAAGGGUAGUGGAAGGGAGGUGCGGGACGGGGGCGGGGAGGGGAGUCAGGCGGGGGUAAGUGGUGGGAGUGGUGGGAGCAGUGGGAGGAGCAUGGUGAGGAAGGGCAGUGGCAAGGAGGGCAGGGAUGGGGGGGAGGACGCUAGUGGUGAUGGCGCUGGCGCUGACGGCGCUGGUGGUGCUGUGUCUGGUGCUGGGAGGAGUAGGUUUGGAAUCGGUCGCAAGGGCAGCGCUAAGGACCUGCUUGCUCUGGUAGGAGGGGGAGGCGGAGGGGGAGGAAGCAACACAAAGGCCGAUGCAGCAGCAGCAGCAGCAGCGGCAGCUUCGUCUCUGCCCUCACCUGCAGGUUCCUUCACCCCCACAGCAACAACACCAGCAGCAACACCCACUGCCACCACCGCCACCAGCAGCACAAGCAGCAGCACGCCCACGAGCAGCAGCACCCCGGGCAAGAUGGACAAGUCGCAGCCGCUGGCCGGCUACCACGUGCUGCUAGUGGAGGACACUGCCAUCCUGCAGAAACUCGCGCAGUCGCUACUGUGGAAGCUCGGGGCCAAGGUGAUGGUGGUGGGCGACGGGCAGCAGGCCGUGGACGCCGUCACCAGCACGUGGAUUGCAGAAGACGCGCGGCUUGCUGCUGCCGCUGCUGCUGCUGGUGGAGGCGGGAGGGGGGGAGGAGGAGGGGAGAGGGUGGAGGGUGCUGGGACGGGUGAAGGGGAGAACCGGAGGCCGAGGAGCCGAGGGGGGUGGGAUGGCAGUGGCGGUAGUGGCGGUAGUGGUGGUGGUGGUGCAGGGGAGGGUGGGGCGGAUUCGGCAGUGUCACCCGGUGCGCUGCAGAGGGGCGUGGGCAGGACGGCAAGAGGGGGUAGCAGUGGUGGGGAGGCGUUUGAUGUGGUUCUAAUGGACUGCCAGAUGCCAGUGAUGGAUGGGUACACCGCUACUCGCACGAUCCGGGCGGCAGAGGCCAAGAACGGGCGGCACACUAUCAUAUGUGCGCUCACUGCGCAUGCGCUCGCCAGUGACGAGGCCAAGUGCAGGCAGUGCGGCAUGGAUGGGUACCUCACCAAGCCAAUCAACAUCCGCCUGCUGGUGGAGACGAUUCACAAGCUUACUCGCAAGAAGAGCAAUCUCGCUCGGCCCCCCUCCUCAGGCAGCAUACAGUGAUAGCGGGCUCGGGCACAGGGGCGGGUGCAGGGGCCGGAGCAGGGGCAGGCGCACGCAGGGGUAGAUGGGACCUCACACUUUUCACCUGCCUUAAGCUUCAGUGGUAGAUGUCACGCUGGGAAUAACUGAUUUAGAUCCGUCUGCCUCAGCGCUUUGUGUGGUACACGAGUUUACCCUCUGUUGGGGAGUUGGCUUCGCUGUGCUGCUGGGCCGUGCAGGCCAGGCCCUGAGAUAUCAGCCUUUUUAGGCUGAUUUGGGUUUCGGGUCCAGGCCAUAUCUUGGCAUUGGCUAGUGCAAAUGAUACGAAAUCUUUCGAGGGACCUGUUGUUGAGAAAUAAGUCUCAAUGGGCAGU